AUGUUAAGGUCUCAAUUUAGCCGUUUUGGUAAAGGCGUAUUACGUGAAAAUAGUUCAGUUUCGACUGCAAUUGGAUUGAAAUUUUAUGUGCCAUCGCUCUCAGCGACCGGUUUUUUAAACUGUAACAGCAAAGAGAUUGACCAGAAAAGGGCGUUAUCAACGAAGAAAAAGACCCUAUCCGGAGAAAGGAAACAAUUAAAUACUUUAAAAACCAAGCUCUCGAAAGAAAAGGGUGUCCUCUCUAAGUUGCAAAAAAAAUAUAAGGAAGAAGCAAAAAAGUUGAAAUCGAAAGAGAAGGAAAGAUCACAGAAAGAGAAAGCAAAGCUUCUUGCCAUUAAAGCAAAGGAUAAGUCCAAGAAAGAGUUGAGCGCGGCUACUAAGACAUUUAGAAAGUUAUCACCUUACAAUUUGUUUAUUAAGGAAAAUACUUCUACGAAGUCGUUGAAAGAGGCCACAAAUGCUUGGAAUGUUUUAAGUGAUAACGAAAAAGACUAUUAUAAGGAACUAGCCGACGACUACAACGAGCAAAAGCUGCAGAUCUAUACUCCUAAACCAAAGGCCCCUGCAAGCGGUUACGCUGCAUUUGUUAAAGAGAAUUAUGAAAACGAUGGUCGUAGUUUCGCUGACAUCAACAAGGAAUUGGCCUCUGAAUGGAAAUCUCUUAGCAAUGAGGAAAAAGCAAAAUAUACGGUUCCCGAAUCUGAGAAAAAGGCGUAUGCUGAUAAAUUGAAAGCUUGGACUGACAAAAGGUUACAGCUCUACAGAGAGUCGAAACAAAAGGCCGCUGCCUAA